AAAGCUUCCCUUGGGGAUGUGCAACAUGCUCAGGCCCUUGUCCAACAAAGUGACAACUGGGCCACACUAGAAGAUCCAUGGCCACAUGUAUACACUCCAAGAAAUUGUUCCCAUCACUCAUUGUGAUCAGGGAAAUGAAUGAAUGCGCAGCCACAUCCACUCUCGUGUACGCGUUCCCUUCAUUAUCGUGCUCUCUCACUAUCUUGGAGGUAGAGUACAGUAUAAGGCAUAGCAAGGGCUUGUUUUGACGGAUAUGUGAAGACAUAACUAAUGCAACAGUAUACAUGACAGAGGAAUAUAACAACAGAAGCCUCUCCUGGGAUUUGUUAAUGUAAUUGUACAAUGACAAAGAGAAUCAAACAAAUGUAAUAAUGACAUAAUGUAUUUGGCAUUUCUCUCAAUCAGGGAACUUAGCUAGUCAGUUGUGCCUAGGUAUCAGAUAGAGUGAGAUUAGAUGGAUCCAAAGAUGACACAAUGUUUUUUAAAGUUUUUUUUAGGGGGUAGAUCAGCUUUAAUAUUGCAGAUAGAUUGUAACUUCCAUCAAUGUAAUUGUGUACAUCACUUCCAAUCCCCCAUAUGGUUUUUUUCUCGCAAAUAUAUAUAUAUAUAUAUAUAUAUAUAUAUAUAUAUAUAUAUAUAUAUAUAUAUAUAUAUAUAUACACACUAACGUUCAAAAGCAAUUUUUUUGUCCAUUAAAAUAACAUCAAAUUGAUCACAGUGUAGACAUUGUUAAUGUUGUAAAUGGCUAUUGUAGCUGGAAACGGCUGAUUUUUAGCUCCAGAUACUCAACUAGUCUCAAGAAGGCCCGUUUUAUUGCUUCUUUAAUCAGCACAACAGUUUUCAGCUGUGCUAACAUAAUUGCAAAAGGGUUUUCUAAUGAUCAAUUAGCCUUUUAAAAUGAUAAACUUGGAUUAGCAAACACAACGUGCCAUUGGUACACAGGACUGAUGGUUGCUGAUAAUGGGCCUCUGUACGCCUAUGUAGAUAUUCCAUUAAAAAUAUGCCGUUUCCAGCUACAAUAGCCAUUUACAACAUUAACAAUGUCUACACUGUAUUUCUGAUCAAUUUGAUGUUAUUUUAAUGGACAAACAAAUUGCUUUUCUUUCUUUUCAGAUCACCCAGUAGUGCUAUCUGCAUGCAGGGUUAGCUCCAGGUAAAUAUUGCAAUCCUUUAGCCAUUCCUGGACCUGUGUCCAAAAACAAGCUACAAAUGGACAGUACCAAAACAAAUGAUCUAAAGAUUCUGUCUUUUCGCAGCAAAAUCUGCAGAGCUGGGAAGAUUGUAUCCCCCAUAUAAAUAGCAUUCUAUGGUAGCAAGAAUUUUGUAUAAUAAUUGAAAUUGAAAAAUUCUAAGUUUUGAAACCGGCGUCAUUUUGCGUAUCAGUUCAUAAACACUAUGCCAUGGAAUCGGUACGUCAAAAAUCUCUUCCCAACUAUUUUGCAAUCUACAGUGAGGGAAAAAAGUAUGUCAAAAAUGUUAUAAAUUGAUUUGCAUUUUAAUGAGGGAAAUAAGUAUUUGACCCCUCUGCAAAACAUUACUUAGUACUUGGUGGCAAAACCCUUGUUGGCAAUCACAGAGGUCAGACGUUUCUUGUAGUUGGCCACCAGGUUUGCACACAUCUCAGGAGGGAUUUUGUUCCACUCCUCUUUGCAGAUCUUCUCCAAGUCAUUAAGGUUUCGAGGCUGACGUUUGGCAACUCGAACCUUCAGCUCCCUCCACAGAUUGUCUAUGGGAUUAAGGUCUGGAGACUGGCUAGGCCACUCCAGGACCUUAAUGUGCUUCUUUUUGAGCCACUCCUUUGUUGCCUUGGCCAUGUGUUUUGGGUCAUUGUCAUGCUGGAAUACCCAUCCACAACCCAUUUUCAAUGCCCUGCCUGAGGGAAGGAGGUUCUCACCCAAGAUUUGACGGUACAUGGCCCCGUCCAUCGUCCCUUUGAUGCGGUGAAGUUGUCCUGUCCCCUUAGCAGAAAAACACCCCCAAAGCAUAAUGUUUCCACCUCCAUGUUUUACGGUGGGGAUGGUGUUCUUGGGGUCAUAGGCAGCAUUCCUCCUCCUCCAAACACGGCGAGUUGAGUUGAUGCCAAAGAGCUUGAUUUUGGUCUCAUCUGACCACAACACUUUCACUCAGUUCUCCUCUGAAUCAUUCAGAUGUUCAUUGGCAAACUUCAGACGGCCCUGUAUAUGUGCUUUCUUGAGCAGGGGGACCUUGCGGGCGCUGCAGGAUUUCAGUCCUUCACGGCGUAGUGUGUUACCAAUUGUUUUCUUGGUUACUAUGGUCCCAGCUGCCUUGAGAUCGUUGACAGGAUCCUCCCGUGUAGUUCUGGGCUGAUUCCUCACCGUUCUCAUGAUCAUUGCAACUCCACAAGGUGAGAUCUUGCAUGGAGCCCUAGGCCGAGGGAGAUUGACAGUUCUUUUGUGUUUCUUCCAUUUGCGAAUAAUCGCAUCAACUGUUGUCACCUUCUCACCAAGCUGCUUGGCGAUGAUCUUGUAGCCCAUUCCAGCCUUGUGUAGGUCUACAAUCUUGUCCCUGACAUCCUUGGAGAGCUCUUUGGUCUUGGCCAUGGUGGAGAGUUUGGAAUCUGUUUGAUUGAUUGCUUCUGUGGACAGGUGUCUUUUAUACAGGUAACAAGUUGAGAUUAGGAGCACUCCCUUUAAGAGUGCGCUCCUAAUCUCAGCUCGUUACCUGUAUAAAAGACACCUGGGAGGCAGAAAUCUUUCUGAUUGAGAGGGGGUCAAAUACUUAUUUCCCUCAUUAAAAUGCAAAUCAAUUUAUAACAUUUUUUACAUGCGUUUUUCUGGAUUUUUUUGUUGUUAUUCUGUCUCUCACUGUUCAAAUAAACAUACCAUUAAAAUUAUAGACUGAUAAUUUAUUUGUCAGUGGGCAAACGUACAAAAUCAGUAGGGGAUCAAAUACUUUUUUCCCUCACUGUUUAUGGGACGACUGGCAAUCCUUUGGUCCUUAAAUGAAACUGGUAUACUUUUUUAUUUAUCACAAUUUUCUUUAACCAAUUAUGUUCUUUAAUGCAUGGCCGACAGACAAGUUCCUUACUUUUUCCCCCUUCCACUUUCCUCGUCCAUUUUUGCGGUAAUGCUGCAAUUAUUUGGUUGUAAUUUUGGGUAGAGCAGACAUUUCCAUAUGUUUUUGUUAGCUGCAUUUGCAACAUAACUCCACCAGUCCUACCUAUGAUAUCAUCUAUGAAGAUUAUACCUUUUUUAAACAUUGUUUAAAAAAAACAAUUUUUUUUUUACAAUUAGUAUAGAGUUUAACCACAAUAUUUGUUGCAUGAUUUGUUCUGCCUUUUCUGGAGGAUUAAAUUGAAAUUGCAACCAACUUUCUAUGGGUUGUUUUAGAAAUAGUAAUAUUUGGGAGAUUAUUUCCUUUUCAAAUAACUGAAAGUGAGAGUUUAUAAUUUGAAUAAAGGGAAAAAGGCCAUUCUUGAAUAUUGGGUGAGACAAUCUUACUAAUUUACUAGAGAACCAGUUCGGAUUUAAGUAUAACUUUUGUAUGACUGAAGCUUUUAGUGAUAGGUCUAAUGCUUUAAUAUUUAAUCAUUUCUGUCCUCCGAAUUCAUAUUCAUUAUGUAAAUAGGCCCGUUUAAUUUUGUUUGGCUUGCUGUUCAAAAUAAAAUGGAACAUAUUUUUCUCAUAUAAUUAAAAAAACUGUUCGCUAGGCGUAGGCAAAUAAGCAAAUAGGUAAACUGGGAUAAUACUAAAGAGUUAAUCAGGGUGAUUUUUCCACAAAUUUACAGGUAUUUACCUUUCCAUGGUUGCAAGAUCUUAUCUAUUUUUGCUAACUUUCUAUUAAAAUUUAUUGGAGUGAGAUAAUUUAUUUCAUUUGGGAUAUGUAUUCCGAGUACAUCCGCAUCACCAUCAGACCAUUUUAUUGGUAAACUACAUGGUAAUGUAAAAUUUUUAUUUUUUAGUGAUCCAAUAAGUAAUAUAGUACAUUUAUCAUAAUUUGGUUGUAAUCCAGAGAGGUUAGAAAAUGUAUCUAGAUCCUCUAUGAGGCUGUGGAGGGAUUCUAGUUGUGGAUUUAAAAGAAAACAUGAAUCAUCAGCAUACAAUGACACAAUGUUAAUGUGAGGUUGCUUUGUUUGCUUCAAAAGUAGCAGAGCACCUACUCUGGAUUUUUUUUAACCCCUUUUUCUUGAUAUCCAAUUGGUAGUUGCAGUCUUGUCCCAUCGCUGCCACUCCCGUACGGACUCAGGAAAGGUCGAGAGCCAUGCGUCCUCCGAAACACCACCCUGCCCCGCACUGCUCGCUUAACCCGGAAGCCAGCCACACCAAUGUGUUGGAGGAAACACCGUACAACUGGCGACAGUGUCAGCGUGCAUGCGCCUGGCCGCCACAGGAGUCGCUAGAGCGCGAUGGGAUAAGGACAUUCCAGCCGGCCAAACUCCCUAACCCGGCCAAUUGUGCGUCGCCUCAUGGGUCUCCCAGUCGUUGCGGGCUGUGACACAGUCUGGGAUCGAACCCGAAUCUGUAGUGACACCUCAAGCACUGCAGUGCCUUAGACCGCUGCGACACUCGGGAGGCCCCACUCUGGAUAUUUGCUGUGUUUGAAGAGUAUAUUGUUCCAAACAAUAUGUAAAAAAAAAUUUGGGCUAAAUCAAAAAGGGUGCUUUUGAGAUAUUAAUAUUAAUAUUUUUUAUGUUGAAUAAAGUAAUGUGAACAUUUCUAUUUCAGAAUCUAGACAUACUCCAUAUUUUAGAGCAUAAUAACACCAAGAUGUCUGUAUCAUGUGCAGUUCAGGAAUCAUAUAGUCUUACAAGAGGCAUGUAUAGGUCUAAAAAGGGUCUAAAAUAUUUUUGGGCCUUCCUGGCGUGGAAUCAGCCAUUAGAGAAGAACAGAGGACUGCAUGCCCGAUCAUGAAUUAGUGAAACAUAACUAAAUAGUCACCAUAACUAUGAUCACUGUUAUUACUCCAUGUUAUGCAUUUGUGCAUACUGUAUAUGCAUCCUACCUACAGUGUACCUUGUCAUUUGCACUGCUUUGUCAGCAUAGAUGCUCAGCACGUGGGAUAGAUAAUUUAAUUAAAUGCUGCUCGAUGGUCGGCUUGGUUCACACACAGGCCAGUGUAAUUAGACAGUUGAGGAAUGAGGUCAGGGUGGGAAGGACACCAUUAGUUCUCUAGAAUCAUGCUGCAUGUCAAACCCCAUCAGGGAGAGGUUAGGGCAAAUCUAGGGUCUCUCUCUCUCUCUCGCCAGGGCUCGACUCGACCCAGUCAACUCGAAUUUCCCAAACUCAAAACCUGCCUAGUGUCAAAUAUUAACUGCAACACAAACAAAGCAAACAGAAUCUGAGUAAACACUCCCUGGGGGCUCCAAAGAUGAGCUAUCUGUCACACACACUCUUACAACACACACACACACAACACACACCCACACACACACAGUGGUGGAAAAAGUACUCAAAUUCUCAUACUUGAGUAAAAGUUAACAUACCUUAAUAGAAAAUGACUCAAGUAAAAGUGAAAGUCACCCAGUAAAAUACUACUUGAGUAAAAGUCUAAAAGUAUUUGGUUUUAAAUAUACUUAAGUAUCAAAAGUAAAAGUAAAAGUACGAAUAAUUAAAAAUUCCUUAUAUUAAGCAAACAAGACGGCACAAUUUUCUUGUAUUUUUUAUUUACGGAUAGCCAGGGGCACAUGCCAACACUUAGACAUCAUUUAAAAACAAAGCAUUUGUGUUUAGUGAGUCCACCAGAUCAGAGGCAGUAGGGAUGACCAGGGAUGUUCUCUUGAUAAUUGUGCAAAUUGGACCAUUUGCUGUACUGCUAAGCAUUCAAAAUGUAAUGUGUACUUUUGUGUGUCAGGGAAAAUGUAUGGAGUAAAAAGUACAUAAUUUUCUUUAGGAAUGUAGUGAAGUAAAAGUAAAAGUUGUCCAAACAUAUAUAUAGCAAAGUAAAGUACAGAUACCCCCCCCCCCCAAAAAGACUUAUGUAUUACUUUAAAGUAUUUUUACUUAAGUACUUUACACCACUGCGUACACACUUAUCCACGUACAUUUACUCUCAGACACACACACAACACACUCAUACACAUGCACACGCACACACUCUUGUGUUCACAUGCACACUCAAACAAACAAGCAUGCAUACGGCUGUGCGUGCACACCCACAUACACAAUACCUACCCAGGAAGAGUAACUACAGCAUACUAAUAGUACAUAGUGUAGAUGGGGAAGAGUAUUAAAGGUAUCAAGAUGUUUAUGGAAAAUAUAAUAAAUACAAUACAGAUUGACCACAGGUCAUGUCCAGUUCUGUUGGUACAGAGACAAGAUAGCGGUGAGUUGCCAGCUACAGCUAACUCAUUGAUCCCCCUCUGUGAACUCCUGGUCCGUGGUGGGGUGGGAUCCAUCCACCCAGGCCAAACCUGAGCUCCCCACCAGGGACAGGCCCCCAUACGUCAGGACCUCUCUCUUCCCUCUGAACUCCCAGCCAGGACAGCUGUUUGGACAUGAGUCCAAUCUCUCUCUUCUUCUCACACACUCCUCGCUGUCCCUCGUCUCCCCCUGAUGCCUCCCAGAGGAGCAGAGAUCCAUCGCACUGCCACAGACUUCAGCUGCACGCCUCCACUGUGGCUAACAGUAACCUUUAGUUUUGCAUCUCAGAGGGUAGCUUAAAAUAGGCAAUGAUAUCACAGCUAGGAGACUGAGGAGACCUGUCGCCAGCAUGGAUAUAAAGAAAUGUUUGGAGAGUUGCAGAUUCCUCAGAUGUGUGAUUCUCUGUGUGUGUGUCGAUAGAUUAAACGGGUGUUCCUAGAGACUGACUGUGUAUCAGCUAUCCAGAUGAGAGAGUGGAGUGAGUCGGAGAUGACCAUGUCUGCCGGGGGUUACCUCUCUGCCUCUGAUGGAUACGGCAUCACCGAGCCUCUGCAGUACUACGGUGAGGGACUCUUUUUAUCUGAACUCUAGUCCGAUUUGAUGGUGUGCUGAUCCAAACACAAUGUAUCCUGAUACAUACUCUGUAAUUGUAUGGUGAUGACCUAAUCAAAUCAAAAUGUCAUGAUUAUACAUUUAUAUUUCAUUUACAUUAUAUGUUUAUGCUUCCUUUGUUCUGCUUUAGUUUGUGUGUUGCUUUUUUGUUAAAAUUUGUAGUGCCAUAGGCCUGUAGAUUAGAUGGGGAGACUUGCAAGAAUACACACAGUGUGGGUGUAACCUAUACAUUUCUAAACAACUGUCUUUAUAAAAAAAUGAAAUUGAAUGGAAAAAUACUUACAAGAAUGGGCUGCUAGCCUGCCACAUAUCCAGUACACAGGAUGUUAGCUAACAAAGAAUUUGCAUUGGAACGAGGGCCUAUUUAUAAUGGUUGCAGUGGAGUGUUGUGACCUAACCCUAAUUAUGAGGGUUCUUCAGAUUGUGGUCCUCUCCUCUCAUGGCUGAGGGGUGGAUAUGAUAUGGCUGUAUAAUGGGGGGUAGCGUUAGUGUGCGUGGGACGGAGGGAGGGAGGCCAGGGUGUUUACAUAGGGCUGAAACGGUUUACAAACAGAGCUCACCACAGCGUUGUCACGCAAGCACAAGCUCAGUACUGGCCUCCAUCCUCGCCAGGACAGGAAACAUCUGGGAGACGCAGAGGAGAGACGGGAUGAGUGAGGAAAGUGGUGAUGGAGAGAGAGAAGGAUGGAGGGGAGGAAAAAUAGAGAGUCAAGGUUCUAGAAUAGAGGGGGUGAGGUGGGUUGUGGCUGAGGAUAGGGUGAGUGUUGUUGUUCAGAAAGGAAGGGUCAUAGGUUGGAUUCUAGAGGUCAUUGUGGUGUUCAGUACAUGUCAAGACAUCUUAAGAGCUCAUAGCUAUGGAUGACUAUUCAGGCUGAUAUUGUAUGAAGACACUCGAUAUGCGCCUGAGUACAAUGUAACUUAUACAUCCCGUAGUAUUGAUGCAUUUUGAGAAAGGAUGGACCUUAAUCAUUAGAUUAUUUUGUGUUUAAAAUAAGAAAUCUUUCACUAUUUCAGUUCCUAUCUGAACUAAUAAAACGCUAAGAGACUCAGCUUAUGGAAGUGGAUCCUUCUGAUCAGAGUGACUGAUGUUAGGGCUGAUCUGUGACCAGUGGUGACACGUUCCCUCUGUGGAGACGGGACUUGAAUUUGCUAAAUGCUUCACAGCUCCACCGCCCCCCCCCGCUACGCUCACAAGACAUCAUCAGACACCAAUCUACGAGGCAAUAAAAUACUGAAUGAAACUCUAUAAAAAAUAUUUGAAUCAUAAAUGACCAUGUAACCUCUCAGCUGCAUCCUGUUUCCACAGUCCAAACUGAUUCACAAGGUCUUGCUCAGACAUUUUUUUAUUACGUCCCACAGGACCAAUAAAAGACAUGCAUGAAUCACAUAAGAUGGUGGACAAGGAUCACAUUCUUGUGAUGCACUUUGACUUGAAACUAGUGUGACUGGGAUAAUGGCUCUGGUGGACCCUCUUGGCUAGCCACUAGACAUUCCCAGGUCCACCCCUGUGGGGCACGUAAACUUAACCGGUGGGUCCAGGACCAAAACACCAAAUCCAUUUAUUUUGUGUUGUUUCCCCAUCACACAGAUGUGCUGGGGGACCCUUUGGGCUACCCUUUCCAGGAGCCAGACCUACAGGGCCUAUCCUUCAGCCAGCAGCAGUACAGCCCCAUCAAUGUGCAGUUCUCCGUCUACGGACCUCCAUCCUCCCAGCCCUUCCACCCACCCUACACCCACCCCUACAGCCCCCACUGCCUGGACACUCCCUGCGAGCCCAGCCCAGAGCCCCAGUGUGGAGGCCUGGGGAAGGGGCAAGGUGGGGGAGGUCUGCCCCUGGUCAAGAGGACCAGGCUGGGUCUGGGAGGAAGGGUGAGGGGCCAGGAUGAGCUGUGUGUGGUGUGUGGGGACAAAGCCUCUGGCUACCACUACAACGCCCUCACCUGUGAAGGCUGCAAAGGUAGGGGAGGCAGUGUUUUCGUCAAAGUUUACAACAACAUUUCGGGGGUCAACCUGAAAGUUUUAUCACAGAGCCCGCUACUUCCGAUAUCUGGCUGAAUAUGGGGUUUGAAUUUAAAUUAAAAAACGUCUUUAUCUGGAAUAACUUUAAUUGAAAUGGACCCCAACUACAGGUGGUUGCUACUCCAACCCAUAAUCUCUAUCAUUACUGUACUCCUGUGUUUCAGGUUUCUUCCGAAGGAGUGUGACGAAGAAAGCAGUGUACCGGUGUAAAAGCGGUGGAGGCUGUGAGAUGGACAUGUACAUGCGGAGAAAGUGCCAAGACUGCCGCCUGCGGAAAUGUCGUGCUGUGGGCAUGCUGGCCGAAUGUGAGGGGAACAUACCAUAUCAAAAAGGCUGUAGGGAUAUUUGAAACUAUAUUUGACUGAAAGCAAUGUCAAUAAUUUGAAGAGAGGCAGAGUAAGCUAACAAUAAGAUCAAGAAUCUUGACCAGUGACCAUAUCUCCAAUUUAUAGCCAGGCAGACUUAAUUUAACUGCUAAGACAACCAAAAUACCUUGGACAGGGAUCCCUUGGAAAAAUGUGUAUGAUCUCAAUACCCUUGUGUAAAUAAAGGAUAAAUAAAUAUAAUAUAUUUGCCUAUGUGAGUCUGGCAGAGGCGGUUGUGUUGCCAGGUUUGCCUAUGUGAGUCUGACAGAGGCAAUUGUGUUGCCAGGUCUGCUGACGGAGGUGCAGUGCCAAUCCAAGAGGCUGAGGAAGGGGACCAAGCACAGAGGAGGAGGGCCUGAGGAGGAGGAGAACAUGGGGAGCAGGAGCGUCAGCUCCACCAGCAGGUUACCAGGACAGGUACAUCACUUUCUCCUCUCCUCCUACAUUCAAACCUUCUCAUCUAGUUUUCUGACCUUCGCUAUUGUGUUAACUUUCUUGGAUAUUCUGAAUGGGGAGGACAUUGUAGCUUGGCGUUUUUGAAAGAUACCCCAAGAUCAUAUUAUUUGUCCCAAGCAAAUAUCCAAGGGUCUAGAUAGUUACAGACCCUUGGAUAAUCAUCUUGUUGGAUGGAUUGUAACAAUGGAGAACCGCAGAUCUCUUCCUCAAAUCCCAAGUUAACUUACUUUGGUUCAUAGGUGGCCCUCUCCCAGAUCACUUUCUUGGAUUUCCUGUUUAAGUUCUGGGACCAUCAGGGGGCAUGUCCCAGAUCAAAUUUUUCGGACAUUGCAUAGGCCUCUUAAUAGUAGGCUGGACCAAUAGUCUGUAACACUUUUGACUGAUUUCUUAUGGGGGUGCCCUGUAAUACGACCCUACUCCAAGUCAGAAUGGUCCCACUGGACAAACACUGGUUGAAUCAACGUUGUUUCCGCUUAAUUACAACCAAAACAUUAAAUGUGAUGAUGAUAAAUCAGCGUGGAAAACUGGGGCAUAUUUAUUACAGAAACCGUUUACUGUUUAAGAACCAAAUGGAAGCAAACAGAGCAAAACAAGAGUUUCUAUUGGACAAAUUCAGGUAGGUCCCUCCCCGUUUAGUUUCUUUUGCUUCUGUUUAAGAAACAUUUUGCAACAGAAUCGGCAUAAUGAAUACGCCCCAGAUUGGAUUUGCAAAAAGUCAUCAACGUAAGGGAAUUUCAUUUUUUUUCGCCCAACUUUUAACCUAAAUCCAAUAAUUUUUUACAACUCCACCAAAUGUAAAUCAAAGCUAGACGUUGAACUGACAUCUGUGCCCAGUGGGGUAAUUUCACUCAGCAAUCAAAUUAUCUGUUUGUAAUGCAUUUCUUCCUGUAACAGAUGGUGUCUGCAAAUUUGUCAGUAGAACAGAAGCUUGUUUUGGACAGGAUGGUGGAGGCUCAUCGGCAGUACAGGGCGCAGGACACUGCACACUGUAGGGUGGGUCGCUGAUUAGAAUAGUAAUUCUGCUGUCAAUGGAUUGAGAUUUUAAAGUUAUGUUGUCAUUUUUCUACCUUCUCAUUGAGAGCUUAUUCAGGCAGUUCUUUUCUGCAGGUGUUUGAUUGGACUUGUACAGAGGUUGGUGGAGACAGACUAACGGACAUGGCAUGCCCUCCCUCUCAGAGGCUGCUGCAGUUUGCCAAGAGUGUACCUGGUCAGUUGGGCCGCACCUCAUACAUAAGCUUCCUCUCCUUUCUUGUUUCUGCACUGAUAUGAAUAAACGACAGGUAAAAUGGAAAGCAAAUACCUGCUAAGCUUACACCAUGUUGCUUUCCCUGACCAUAUGUUUUCAUAUCAAAACCAGCCCUGUUUCUCUCUCUGUGGUCACUCUGCAUCUGAUACCUCCUGCAGUAUUAACUAAUCUAGUGUCUGGUGUCCGUGUAGGCUUUGAGCUCCUGGACUGCUCGGACCAGACCACCCUCCUCUCUAGUUCCUCUGUGGAAGUCAUGUUUCUGCUCUCAGCUCAGCAGUUCACCCAAAACCCAGCAGACUCUAGCCCAGGUAUUGACACCACCACACCACCAUGAGGUUUGCGGGUGUCUGACUCAUUUGUCCUGGCUCCAUUUCAGCCUGCUACACAGUAAAAUUGCAAGAGUUAAUUCAACUCCCAUGGAGUAACAUUCAACACAAUUUUGGGGUUUACGGUUCCACCCCCAUUUUGAGUGAAAACCACCCUGGUCAUGGGGUAAAUUAAAAAAAUAGAGUACAUAUCAAUUAAAUAGAGUACAUAUCCAAUCACAUUCAACUCUUAGAGUUGAUUAAAUGUAACUACAUGCCAUUUCACACUUUCUGUGUUUUAAAUUAACAACCAACUCCAUCAGAGUACAUUACUCUAGCAGUUCACUACCUUUUAACACUGUAGGGUGUAAACCCUUAUUUGCAUAUUUCCCGGUGUGCCUUUCGAGUGAAUGAUCACAUUAUGCUGGCUUGCUAAGUGAUGUCUAGUUCCUAUUGGAAUCCAUUCAGAGCGAGGCUAUCCAACAAUUUGAUAUUUUCAUCACCAGUCAACCUGCAUUCAGAAUGAUUGUCAGAGUAAAGAAUUAGUAUAUUUGAGAACACCUAGAACUUCAACACUGUGAAUAUAACACUUCUUGCAGUGUACUCAUUUCAUUUCAUUUCAUUUCAGUCAUUUAGCAGACGCUCUUAUCCAGAGCGACUUACAGGAGCAAUUAGGGUUAAGUGCCUUGCUCAAGGGCACAUCGACAGAUUUUUCACCUAGUCGGCUCGGGGAUUAGAACCAGUGACCUUUCGGUUACUGGCACAACGCUCUUAACCACUAAGCUACCUACUCCAAAGAAGUGUAAGGGGGCUGUGGAUACUCCAUAGAUAUCAAUCCCUGUCUCUGGUUAUUCUUAAUGAAGUAAAAAGUACACAUCCAAAUGAACACCAGUUAUUACUCCAGGGAGCGAAUCACUCUGUUGAGGGUUAAGAUAACUCCAGUGAACACUAUGAUGCCAACUCUCCUUGAUUUACUGUGUACUGAAGAGGUAGGGGCUAGGGAUGGAAAUGGAACCUGGCCGAUUAUGCCAGAGAGCUCAUUGUUUUAUUUUAUUUUACAAGCACUACAACCUUUCAACCUCUCAACUCAUCAUUGGCUGAAAACCUUAGAGUACAAGGAAAACAUUCAUAGUGGGACUGGCCCUGUAAACUCAGGUAAGUCACACUGUCCUAUCUAGACACAGUAUACUCACCACCAUAGUAUCCCCUAUUACGAGCUUUAUUUACAGUACUAUUUGAAGAGAGGUUAAAGGGAUAAGAUCGUUUUAGUUUAUUUUAUGUUUUAGCCUAUUUUCCACUAGUAUUGUUACAGGCUUUAAAACUCCUAGCCCGAGAAUCUGGACUUUGAUAAAUAACAAACUAACUAACUUAAAAACUGUUUGGAUGAAACCACAACACCCCAGGUGAGUCGAAAAUAUGCUAAAACUUCUAAAUUUAAAGAUGUUAAAAUGAAGUAAGCGUACAGUGGGGAAAUAAGGGAAAUGGGGUUUUGUCCUGUUUCCUUCCAUGUUGAGUCUUAGCUAGUGUGUCUGUGUGCAGGAGUCAAUGAGGACUUGCUAGGACCGGUGCUCAACUUCUUCCACAGCAUGGCUGCACUGGGAGUGACUGAGGCUGAAUAUGCCCUGCUCACUGCUACAGCACUGCUAUGCUCAGGUGACUGGCUCUCUAUGCCUGACACAUUACUGUAUGAAAGGCUAAAUGUAUUUGUUAAUUUAUUUUAAAUACAUAUAACACAAGAUGUUUAGUUGAUAAAGACACAUUUUCCUCCAAGAGUGUCUGAAUAUCUCCUCUAGCUUGGCUAGAUGGUGACGACCAACUCUAUGUCGUUCUGUCAUCUGUCUCUGUUAGCAGACGAAGUGUUGCUGCGGGCGGUGGCGUGUGUGGAGAGCUUACAGGAGCUGACCCUGGAGCUUCUUUCCAGGGUGUGUGGAGCCCGGUGUGGAGCCCAGGGCCCUCAGGGAGCCCAGCGCUUCGCUCGCCUGAUGGGGAGACUCACAGAGCUGCGCACGCUACGACACAACCACCUCACCCGGCUCCGACAGCAGCUCUGGGACAGUCAGCCC